AUGUCUACCGGAGAUGAACUGCGUGCUUUGCAAGAUGUACGAAGCAUACUCUCUGAGUUCGGCGAGGAACCAAUCCGAAUCUUUGGGCAGGAGAUCCCCAGUUGUUUGGCGCAGCUUGCUCAAAAAUCCGACUCGCCCGAGGAGAUCAGGGUUGAGGCCUUGGCAGCGCUGGCAGAUCUCGCAGGGAGCAACCGUGGUGCCCUCCUUGUAGCUGAAGUUGGUGCCUUGCCGCUUUGCGUCCGUAUGCUCCAGAGCUCUGAUGAGGCGACGAGAGAAGCGGCCAUGCGAGUUCUGAACCAAGUGCAACAAAAUAGCGACGUCUUUUGA